ACCAGGCUCUCAGGGUCCUCCUUCCCCCCAGCGAGGGCUUGGCUCCCAUUUGGGCUGCGCUCUGCUGCCUGGAUUGAGGCCUGAAUUGGCUUGGGGAACAGUGGGGCAGGGGGAGCCUCAGUCCGGCACACCCACCCCCUAAUCUCCCCUACCCCUUUUCCUCUUUUACUCAUCUUUUGGCAUGGCUGAGCAAGAGAGGGGCAUCUGUGCCUUAAGCAGAUAGGCACAUGGCCUGGCCUCUGCUGCCUCUGGGAUUGGCCAUCCUGGGGUGGAUAAGGCAACGUCAAAUGCCCCCACCUGGGCUGCCCGAGAGCUUGCAAGAUGGAGUUGGGAAGGGGAGGAAGAAUGCCUCUGGGGUGGGAAUGGCUGAAGGCAUCCCUGUGCAGAGGACUCUCUUGGCCCCACUGGCUCCCCCAUCAGCUUUGCUCAGGGGUGGCAGCUUUGGGUCAGGUCCACUUGGGCAAAUUGCGGUGAGAGACCUGGCUGUAGUGACAAAAGAACCCAAACAGUGGGAAAACUUAAAUGUAAAAUUUAUGAGAAAAACUACCAACAUAACUAAAUGCCUUGGAAAGGAAGGACAUUAUAAUUCCUGAUAGCAGGGGGUGGGGGAGGUCACACUUUAUGGCUGGGCUGGGUGCUGCAAAAAGGCCCUGCCUUCUGGGCCUCCAGGAACUUCUGAGGCCAGUAAGUAACUGAAUAGUUGCAACAGGGUGGGCCCAGUGGGACACUUACUCCAACUAGUAGCUGGCUUCGACGCCCUUUUCAUUAAAGAAAGUGCCUCAUAAACUUUAUGAGAGCGAAGGACAAUCUGAUUAAUUACCUGGGGGUCUAGUCAGGGGUGAAAUCUAAAAUUUGUUACUACUGGUUCUGUGGGUGUGGCUGGGGGGGGGAAUGUGACUGAGUGGGCGUGGCCAACUUUUUUUUUUAAACUUUUACUUUUAAAAGCAUUUUUUCUACAACCUUAAGAGGUUGCAGAAAAAAAUGCAAAAUUACGAUCCCAGCUGAGCCGUGCGAUCAGAGGCUUUUUUUUUAACUUUUAAAAGCAUUUUUUUUGGCCAAAGAGAUUGUAGAAAAAAUGCUUUUAAAAAACCACCAGCCUCUUGAUGAUCGCGUGGCUCAGCUGGGCAUGGUGGUGGUGGAGGGGGGCAGGGAUUUUUGCUACCAGUUCUCUGAACCACCCGCCGCCAUUGCUACCGGAUCGGGUGAUCUGGCCCAAACCGGGAGCAUUUCACCCCUGGGUCCAGCGGGAGCUUUAGAACAGGCAACUCCCCUGCCCCCUCCCCCCCCCAUGACAGUGCAGAACCAUCCAAAGCCAGUCCCUGAGCUCAGCUUCCUACUUUCCAAGCACUACUCCAUUUUGCCUUGGUUGUCUCAUCCAGGUUGGUAGUUUGGGAGCCUAGCCUGCAGCCCACCCAUCAGCUGAGAGGCAAGUGAGGGAAGAGAGGGCCGGGCCUUUCCACCCAGCAAUUCAUUGCUUCACACACACACAGCCUUACAAGAGGGAGGAGCCCAACUUUACCCCCCUUGAAGGUUCUGGGCCCUCCCCCCGUCAAUUGUAAUUGCUUAGGGUAGGCCACACCUGGGUCAGGAGGCCAGAGACAGCUGGUACUUAAGAUGAUGUGGGGUGGGCGUGGAAGGCGCCUUCAGUUCUCCCCUCGGCUUCACCAGCAGCUGCCAUGGCUGAAGAAUCCCAGCCUGAGAGGCCUCUCCUAAGAGCCACCGAAGAGCCUUCCUCCUCCGUGCACUCCCUCCUGAUGGGAGCAGUCUAUCUUGGUCAGUGUCCCCGGCAGCCUCUCCUUCCCAUUUACUUGCUCAUCCUGAGUGCUGUUACACUCCUGCUCCUGUUCCUUAGCUGUGUUCCCUGCGGGGAUGGCACCAACCGACCAAGCACACUACUCAACUGCUUGCGGGGAGCGGGGUUCCUCUUCCUCUGCGCCUGGUUCAUUGCAGGUAAUGUGUGGGUCUAUUCUAUCUACCCCCCAGACUACGAGGACUUUGGCCAGCCUGACUUUUGCCACCGGACUCUCUUCCUCUUUGCCUUUGGGGUCACCACCGCCAUCCACGCGGCCUUGGCCCUGGCCCUGCUGCUGGCUCUCAGCAUCCUCGUCGGCAUCCUCAUCUUGAACGCCGUGGUGUCCGGCCGCAGGCGGGGCUGCAGUGGGGGUCUGUAGCAGCCGAGGGCGGCCUUUGUUCUUAGCAGGGAUUUUUGUUAAUAAACCUCGAUGUUGCUAAA